AUGCCUGAAAAAUGUUCCGGAUGUAAUAAAAAAAGAAGUCUUAAAUAUGGAAACGGAGACAUAUGUACUAAUUGUUAUUCCGCACGAUUUCAAUCUGUUAAUAGUGGAAAUCCUGAUAUUGAUAAUUUAAUUAAAUCAACACAUGGAAAUAAUCCUAAAAAUAGGUUAGAGUGGAUUCCCUUUGAAGAAUUUACAGAUAUCCAGCGAGUUACGGAAGGUGGAUUUAGUACAAUAUUUACGGCUUUAUGGGUAAAAGGAAGAAUUACACGUUAUUCUGGAGUAGGAUUCGAUCGAGCAGGUUCAGAAAAAAUUAUAUUAAAAGUUCUUAAGGACUCUCAAAAUAUUAAUUCGGCAUUUAUAAAGGAGUUAAAUAAUAUUGCUCUAACUCAACCUAACUCUAAUCGUUAUAUAAUUCAAUCUUAUGGUGUGUCACAAGAUCCAACAACAAAAAAUUAUAUAUUCGUUAUGCCAUAUAUGGAACAUGGAAGUUUGCGCGAGUAUUUAAUUAAGCAUUUUAAUGAUGUUAAAUGGACGGAUUGGGGAAAAAGUAAAGGGUCGAAAUGGAAAUAUAUUAGUGCUUCAAAAAAAUAUUAUAGAUCGUGA